AUGUUGGUCCGCGCACAAGAUGCGCCUCUCCAUCUUGACUGCUUCCCGAAAUUACUCAAGCGCACCCAUACUACCAUGAUCGAUGUGCCGGAUGACGCACUUGCUCGCAUGGCGACAUUCGUUUAUCGGGCGCAUGGAUUUUCAUGUCCGAUAUAUUCUCUGGCUGGUUUGAACACCGUCACCGAGGCUGUCUCGCAACGUACCAUUGGUCUUAAGGUGUUGGAAGUACACAUGGACACGCGUAAAGCGGAGGUCCUGGGAUCCCAACCCGUGCAUCUUCCUGCAGGGUCCUCCAUCACUCACCUGACUUUGAGAGGAAUCGUCAUCGUGCCUCCCCUCAAUGGCUCUCUGACGCUGCUGUCUAUUCACCUACCUGACUGGUCAAGAGCCAUGCGGUUCACCAUCGACGAGAUUGCGGAAGUCUUACUUCAUAAUCCUGCGUUGGAGGAGCUGGAUAUGGUUGACGCGAUACGUGAAGGGCGGACUCGGGCAGCUGGUCUGCCUCGUAUCGCUUUACCAACACUCACACGAUUCAGCAUACAGCAGAGGGCUGCGGCCAACGGAUGUCCCUCAUCUUUUGAACUCCUCUCAAGGAUGCAACUUCCUGCAGUCAACAAUCUUUCCAUAGUCGACAGAUCACUUGAUACGCCGGCUCAGGUCUCCCAAGCGUUCGAUUGCAUACUGAGCUCUUGCGCCGCAUCUCCCAUCCUCGCUUUGGCGGAAUAUUCACUUCACAGCGAUCGUGACUGCUUCAGCGCAAGAAAUGAACACCCUCCUCCCUCGAGGUUUGGCUUCACCCUCGUCGGUCUGCGACGUGGCCCUCUGUUAACAUCGGACUUUCCUUCCCUCCAUCUUUCAUCGACAUACGACGCUCGUCCCACCGAAGCCGAUGCUUCCGACACGCUCGCUAUCGUUCUGCGCCGCCUCAAAACGAGCGGCAUAUCCGACCGCAUCAUAGAACUCAGAUGGUGCCCGCAUCGGGUAGAGGUUCUACAGCCUGACUAUUGGAACACAGUUCUGCAGUCGUUUCCGAACGUCUCCCAUAUCGAAGUCCGAGGCGAGCCAGCGCUUACCACUCUAUUCGACAUCCUCGGCCAACACUGCAACGCUGAGCCCGAUUGCGUACUCCCUCGACUACAGUCUAUGAAAAUCGGAAACUACUAUCGGCUUGAAAACUUUCCGUCCGUCUUCCCAUGGUCGGCACACUUCGAGUGGAUGCUCGGUCAGCGUGCGACGGCGGGGUUGCCGAUCCGGGAGAUCCGAUUCGAGAAUCUCGUUACACCUGCGAGCGAGGCUCAGAUACCGCGUUAUGCGGCCGUUGUUGCAUACAUGGAGGAUUUGGCGCGGAGGUUGGGGGUUGGGGUGGCCGUGCAGGUAUGGAAGUCCGAGUCAGGGUCGGAGUUAGGGACGACUUUCGUGUUAGAGCAUUGA